AUGGAGGAGGAAGCUGAUCCUGAUGUGGAAAAUGCCAAAACUGUCUUAGAUCAGGAGUACUCUGAGCUCUUGCACAUCCUCACUAAUCAAGCAUCUACGACUCUUGAAAAAUUAUGUGCACCACUUAAUUCCAGUGCAGGGCCGAUCAGUACCAUCAGCCCCCCUAGUUCUCCUGCAGCAAGGGUAAAAGAUUUAUUGGACUACUACAGCACCGCAGACUCUCCACUGUGCUGCGACUUUCUGCAGCGCAUCUGCUUGUUAUGUGAGAACAUCCCUAUGUGGCUGGAAUCAAGGCUCAUGUCCGCGUCUGGAAAUCCAACCAAUGUUUGUGACAUUUCCAGACUACAUGUAACAGAGUCUCCGGAGAAGCAGAUAAUUAAAAGACCCCGCAUUGAUGCAGAUUCCUGGGAUCAGUUUAUUACUUCAAUCAAAGAGUUUUUGAGGAGGAGGUGGAAAGCCAUGAGGAAGCAUCUGGUGAUGGAUGUGGAACUGGAUCAGGUGUGGGUCAGGGUGAGGAGAGUGAACAGAGCCAGAGACCGGCCAGACCAAACCCCUGGCAGAACACCUGAUUCAGAUGUGGAGUGUGGGUUUCCAGAGAGUAGAGUGACUCUUGACACCUUCCUUCAAAGCAGUAUGGGAAAAGUCACUAUUUUGUAUGGACCACCAGGAUCAGGAAAAACUGUCCUUAUGUCUCGUUUAGGAGAGCGUUGGGCAUGUGAUUUGGGGCAUAUCCCUUCUUCCCAUUUAUUUGUUCUGCUUGAAUUCCGCCACCUCAAUUUGCUGUCCCAGACCCUCUCGUUUUAUGAUCUGCUGUUCCAGUAUUAUCCGUCUCCACAAGGAGGGGAAAAUGAGAAGAUAGCCAUUGUAGACUACCUCAUGUCUAAUCCAGAGCAAAGUUGUUGGGUUCUGGAUGGCUAUGAUGAAUUUCAAAGCGAUCUUGAUGAGAGAGGCCACAACAAUGCCCAGUGGGACCCCAGAAGCCCCCGACCUGUGGCCGAGCUGAUUGCAGCCUUGUUAAAUGGGCGCAUUCUUCCAGGCUGCACAGUUGUUUUCACCUGUCGUGUGCGUGAGGCCACAGAUUUAGAGCGCAGAGCAGAGAAAGUGGGGGGACUUCUCCCAUGGAACCACCAUAAAAUUAAGGAGUAUGUAGAAAAAUACUUUGAAAUCAAAGGUAAUAUAGCUGUUGGGAAGCACACAAUGAAACUGCUCUUCUCAAACAAACACCUUGUUGCCAUGUCGUCCAUCCCUGCACUCUGCAGUAUCUCCUGCAUUUGCUUAGAAUACUUAAUUCAAGAAAUACAACAAAGUGUUGAGGACAAAGCAGAUGCACAGAAACACAAAGAAGAUUUGCAGCCUGUCCCUCAGAUACCUUCCACUCUCACCACUGUUUACCUCACAAGUAUUGGAACAUUUCUUAGCCACCAUUUGAAUCAAGAAGCAAUGAGUGUCAAAGUAAGGCUCUCACAAAGAGCUAUUCUCUCAUUGACAAGUCUGGUGAGUCACUAUAAGUCUGAGCUGAGUGAACUGUUUGAAUUGGCCUGGAAUGGUUUAGAGACAGGAAAAAUUUUAUUUCUUGAGGAGGAGAUUCCUCACAGAAUCUUACAUUUUUCUGUAAAGGCAGGGUUCAUUUCAGAGACUGAUUUGAGACAGAAUGGAAUUAUUGUUACUGCGUACUGCUUUGUACAUAUCACAGUGCAAGAAUUUCUUUCAGCUCUCAAAAUAAUGACUACUGUUGAUGACAAAGAGCUCAGAAAGCGGUUUAGUCUAAAGACCCGCUGGCCUAGCAAGUCCGGCCAGAAGACUGUCUUCACUAACUCCCUCCACCGGUUUCUGUCUGGUUUGGCCUCACCUCACUGUUCAGCUGUUCUUACACUUCUGACCAAAGAGGGUCACACUUAUGUCCAAAAACGUCAGGAAACUGUCAGAAAAUUGCUCCAACAAAUGUGUCACUCCCAGAUGACUGGACCAAAGGUAUUGGAGCUUUGUCACUGUGUUCAGGAAAGCCAGGACACAAAACUUUCCAAACAACUCCUGAGUGUGAAACCUAAACUAGACCUGCACAACAUUACACUGUCACCUGAUGAUCUUGAUGCUCUGGCCUUUGUGGUGAACUCCAGUGAGGAGGGAAAUAUUGCUUUAAAUUUUCGAGCAUGUUCAAUCGAACUAGAAGAUUUGGACCUCUUAUCCCAAUGUCAUACAAUUACCAACCUCAGUUUCCACAGCCGCAAGUAUGAAGACAGCUUUGCAGAGAAAUUAUCCACAGUUUUGCCUAAUCUUACUUCUUUGAAAAAAAUCAGUUUCUGUGAUGCACGCUUGACUGCAACAGGCGCGGCUCAUUUGGCUUCUGCUUUACCAAAGUGUCCAUGCAUUACUGAAAUAAAUCUCAAAGGCAACAAUCUUAGAGAUGAUGGGAUGAAACAUAUCACUGAUAUCCUCCCUAAACUCCCACAACUUUCCUUUGUAAAUCUUGGCCAAAACAACACAAGUCUACAAGCAGCAGUCUGUUUGACAAAGGAAAUAUCUUCAAUGAAUGUCCGCCGUAUUUAUAUUGAUGGUAACAAUGAAGAGUUAAUGGUAACCUUUGACCCAAACCAUGACAGGAAUAGUCAUAAAGGUGAAGAUUCUGGGGCAGAGAUCAGUUUAUUAAAACAGAAAUGGAAUAAAUCUGAGAUACAAAACCUUGCACAGUCACUCACAGAGUACCCUUCAAUAUCUCUUCUCAAAUUAUCUGGUCAGUGGAAAAUAGAAACCUUAAAGGUGCUUGUACAUUUCUUGCCAAAGUUCCACAUCACUGAAAAGAUAAUUUUGAACGGCUGCUGCUCCUCAUUGGAAGCUGUCAUUGUUCUCACCUCAUUCAUGUCUCAGUGCACUGCUGUCAGUGAGAUUCACAUUAGGCAAAAAAGUCCCUCUCAAGCCAUGAUUGUUUUUGGUGCUGGUAGUGUGUCUAAAUCAUUAAGGGUGAACUACAGCAGCUUUAAGCCAGGAGAUGUCACUGCUCUAUGUAACACGCUGAUCCCAUGUCAUGCAUUUUUGGAGUUGGAUUUGUCUCAUAGCGAACUGAGAGAUGAUACAAUCCAGAACUUAGCUGAAGUCCUGCCAAAGAUGUCUUCCCUUAACAUGCUCAAGUUGAAUGGCUGCAUUGUAUCCACAACUGGAGCUCUGAUUUUAGUGAAAGGAGUCACUGGCUGUGAGCGAGUGAAAUCUGUGGAGCUCAGUUUACAGAAUGAGUCCAGAGUAAUUUUUGACAGAACGAAGUCAGACCAAUUCAGCUGCAGGUUCAGCUAUUUUAGUCUGGAUGGGGACAGCUUGGGGGGACUGUUCGAGGCACUGCAGAGUGGACCUCAACUAUCUGAACUGGAUCUAUCAAGCAACAAACUGGAUGAUAAAGUCAUUAAACAUUUUGUGAACUCUCUGCCGGGGCUAAAAGUCAACAACUAUAUAAAUUUGAGCAAUAAUGACUUGAAGGAGCAGGGCAUGUUAGAUGUGUCUAACACGCUGACCACAUGUGACAAUGUUUCAGCUGUAGAGGUGUGCCUGGCAGAAGACCCAAAGUGCCUCAUCUGGUUUACACAGUGCAAAAAGAAGCAGAAAUGUCUAAGAGUCACCGGGACAACUCUGACUCCUGUCCACCAAAGCCAGUUAGUCAAGAUUAUGUCCAGUUGUCAGCUUCCUGUCACACUAGAGAUGAAGAACUGUUUUUCACACUGUGUUGAAGAGUUUGUUGAAAUGUUUGACAGCAGCUGUGCUGGAUGCACUGUAAAUAUUGAGGAGUCCUGGAUCAGAUCAGAAGAAGCUGUGCGACUACUCUGUCAUUGUCUAGAGCAUAACAAGAACAUUAACUCAGUCAGGAUACACCAGAACACAUUAUGCCUGAAUUUGGAGAACCAUAACAAUCCUACCGGUAACAUCCUUCCACUCCUUCAUUUGAGUAUGGUGAAUUGUGGAAUAGAGGGACGACAUCUUGCACUCAUGAAGGAUACUCUGCAGAGAUGUGUUCACCUGACUGAGUUAAAUUUAUCACAAAACAACCUUGGUAAAACAGGGGCUGAGAUUCUCUGUUCUGUUAUCUCCUCAUUACCACAGCUGGCUUCCUUAAGUGUUGACAAAGACAGCUAUGCACAUUUUGCUGAAAUACUUUGUAAGUCCUUGUUGCAGUGUAAUGAACUUCAGUAUUUGAGUCUUUCAGGUUAUGUGAUAACUGAGAUUACAGCUCAAAUGAUUACCAAAGUGUUACCCCAUCUUAAAUCAAUAAAUUUGUCACACUGUUCCUGGUUAAAUUCUGGAGGAGUGCAGCUCAUCAGAAGUUUGGCACAUUGUGAACACCUUGAGGAGAUUUGUUUGAAUUGUGUGCAGCUUGAUCAAGAAAGUAAAAUGUGCCUGAUCCAGUCACUACCAAGAACCCAAACAUUACGUCGCCUCCAGCUCAGUAACGCAUCAACAUCAUCAAGUGUGUUUGAUGUCCUUGCUGCAAUGAUGGAUCUUGUACACUUGGAGGAAUUAAAAAUGAACAGCUGGAAGAUAGUUGAUAAUGAAGUAGACUUGUUAGUGAAGCUUUUCCCUCUAUGGACACAUCUUCAAAUCAUCAGUUUGUCCCAAACUCUUUCCAGUGACCAAUCAGGCGACAAACUGCUAGAGGCUUUGAAGAGCUGCACUCAUCUGAAGGAGCUGCAGAUAUCUCAAAACCAUCUAAGCGACUGUACUGCAGCAAGAAUGGCCCUUGUUUUCCCAUCACUGACCCACCUAUGCGUGAUUGAUAUUUCAGAAAAUAACAUUGGCCCUAAAGGUUCUGUGGAUUUGGCUAAAGCGAUAUCCAGUUUAAAAAACCUUAUCAAGAUUAAUUUGACCUCUGUUGGAACAUCGGAGCUUUGUGCUGUUGUUGCUAGCCUGGUAAACUGUCCCCUGUUACAGGAUGUGCGUAUGGGGUGGAACGAAUGUGGUGACGAUGUGGCCCAGGCUUUGGUCAGAGUGCUGUAUGUUUGCCGAAGUUUGGAAAAAAUAGAUCUGGAGUGUAACCGUGUGAGUAUUGUUGGAGCUGAGGCCUUACUUGAAGCGUUGCAAUUUCGUCCUGCACUGGAGAUAAUCAGGCUGUGGAAAAACAGAGUAUCACCCGCUGAUGAAGAGAAACUCAGUAAGAAAGACAGAAGGCUCAAUUUCUCCUCAACCUAAACUUGACUUGAUAUUAUUACAAUGGAAUGUUCUCUGCGACUUGAAAAUGUGAUAAAACAUAAUUACUUUUCUACUUUUUAGUAAUAAGCUUUUUCUAUGAAUUGCACUAUAUUUCAAAUAUAGGGACUAAAACAUUCAAAACCUCAAAACACAAAAACAUAAUGAAUUAUUAUUAUUAUUUUAAUCAUAAUAAUUAUUAUUACAUAUAACUAUUGUUUUACUUGAAGCUUGAGCUGAGUUUACACAGACUUUGAAUGUAAAAAGUGAAGAAGAGUGCAGUUUGUUCUAUUUUUCUAUUUAUUUGUGUCACUGUGAUUUCUGUUUUCUUAUUUGCUGUGGAAUUAAAAUUUAAUUUCUCUUGAAA